UUGGUAAAAUGUCCCGAAGACACAAACAGGAGGCUGAGACGGUUCCGAACGAGCGAGCGUGCGUGCGAGCAAUAGAGGGAGGAAGAGGGAGAUAGAUAGAGCGAUCUAGCUAGCGAGAUCUCCAAAUUAGGGUUUUGAGUUUCGUUUUCAAAAGGGAGGAGGAGAAAGUGUGAGAUUUUGAGAGAGAGAGGUGUGAGAACGCUGAGAGAUACCAAGAGUUUCAGAUGGAGCAGAGAAAACUUGUGGUUUUGGGUAUCCCGUGGGAUGUUGACACGGAGGGCUUGAAAGAAUACAUGAGCAAAUUUGGUGAACUAGAAGAUUGCAUUGUCAUGAAGGAGCGUUCAACUGGACGAUCUCGUGGUUUUGGAUAUGUCACAUUUGCUUCAGUGGAUGACGCCAAGGAAGUAUUGUCAGGUGAACAUGUUCUUGGUAAUAGGAUGCUUGAAGUCAAAGUGGCUACACCAAAGGAGGAGAUGAGGGCACCAGCCAAAAAAGUUACCAGAAUUUUUGUGGCCAGGAUUCCACAAUCAGUAACAGAAGCAACUUUUAGAAGUCAUUUUCAGAAAUAUGGAGAUAUAACAGAUUUGUACAUGCCAAAGGAUCAAGGCUCAAAGAUGCAUCGUGGAAUUGGUUUUAUCACUUUUGCAAAUGCAGAAUCUGUGGAGAGUUUGAUGUCAGAAACCCAUGAGCUCGGAGGUACUGCUGUAGUGGUUGAUCGAGCUACACCUAAGGAAGAUGACAUUAAGCCAACUGGCAGAAUGUCACAGGGAGGAUAUGGUGCAUACAAUGCAUAUAUUUCUACAGCAACUAGAUAUGCAGCACUAGGAGCUCCUACCUUGUACGACCAUCCUGGCCCAAUUUAUGGAAGGGGAGAGCCUCGUCGGAGAAUUAGCAAAAAGAUUUUUGUUGGUCGUCUCCCUCCUGAAGCAAAUUCUGACGAUCUCCGUCAAUAUUUUGGAAGAUUUGGCCGUAUAGAAGAUGUUUACAUUCCUAGAGAUCCUAAGAGAACAGGUCACAGGGGUUUUGGAUUUGUUACCUUUGCUGAAGAAGGUGUAGCAGAUCGUGUCUCUCGAAGGUCUCAUGAGAUCUGUGGACAUCAGGUGGCAAUAGAUUCAGCCACACCUGUUGACGAUGCUGGGCCCAGUGAAAAUUUUAUGAUGAACAGUAUGGAACCUUUUGGGGGAUAUGGUGGUCCAAUGCGAAGUUAUGGAAGGAUGUAUGGUGGUUUAGACUACGAUGAUUGGGGCUAUGGAGUUCCCAGUGGGAGGCCAUCAAGAGUAGAUUAUGAAGAGCAGCUUGGGAGGCCAUCAAGAGCAGAUUAUCAAGAGCAGCUCGGAAGGCCAUCAAGAGCAGAUUGGAGGUAUAGGCCAUACUAGUAUGGCACAGUUCUAUAGGCGGUAUUGCUUAAUGCUAGUAUUGCACAAUUCUAUUGGAGGUGUUGCUUUAUGCUAGUAUGGCUGUCUGCCAACUGUGGUGAAGGUCUUUUAGUAUUUAUGGAUUAUGAAGUUGUAAGCAUUAAAUAUUGGAUUUUACCUAAUUUAUUGUAAUGCAGAAAUACUUAUUUUAAUUUAUCAUCAUGUACCUAAUUAAAGUGCAGACUACGGCUUCAAUUA